AUGGACAACUCGGUAACUAAAUAUUACAAAUACUGCGAUGAUAAUAUUAUCGACUGGACACAGGAAGCCGAAGCAGUGAUAAAGGACAUUACACAGCACGUUGAAGAUAUCUCGCUUUCCAACAAACUACCACCAGCACGCACCGAAUCGUACAUUAACAUUACGACGUUGGAUGGCAAUCAGAUGUGUGUGAAGCUGAAUGCCGAAGGGUUACAAAUUGUGGGUAAUGUCCAUGAUGAUAAAACUCAGGAAAGCUCUUCAAAUACCCGCUACGAAACACCCUACGCUCUACUUUCGGAUGUUUGUCCCGCAUAUGUUCAUUCCUUCGGGAAUUCGCUAGUAAAUGCUCUAAGUAAACUUGAGCAACAGCUUGACCAAGAACACAACAUGUCGGAUGUUGAAUAA